UUGCUGGGGGAGCAGGGGAGUCUGAAUACUGGGUGACCAAUGCAGUGUGGCAGAGCAGAGGGAGGCCGGGCUUGGCGCAUUGGGGUUACAUAGGGGGUUUCAAGCAGAUCUUUUAGAUUGUUGAGGGGGUGCACGUGCUUAAAGAGAUUACGGACAUCAUUUGUCACCUAACUCAUUUGGCUUUAGAGGAGGAACCUUAGCAUUAGUUUGGAGUCAUCUUUCUUAUCUCCCAUGUUCCUGUCAGUAGCAUUCUCCCAGGCUGUAGGUUCACUCACCACGUGAGUAGCCUGGGCAGAAACUCCUUUCGUCCCAAGUGAGUGCCCAUUGGGAACCUCUUUUGGGAUGGGGGCAUUUCAUCCCAGAGACGCCUGCGGUUUUCCAGAUCACCAAGCAGCAGUCGUCCAUCUGGAAGCCUUCUUGGUGGUGGAGGUGUUCCUAGAAUGGUGUAUGUCGCAUUUUUGUAUCCCUGCUUUUAUUUGGUCUUUGCAGCAGCCCUGUGGAUUAUUGACCUGAUUUUUAAAUGAUUAAAUUCCUGUUGCCAGAAGUAUGCUCUCGGGAGGUGGUGUGCUUAGUGGAGUGGCCCCAGAACACACAAAGACUGAGGACUUUGGAGUCAAAAGCCAGUGCUUUUGCUACCACCUCAGAAUUUUCUCAAAGGGGAACUAUUGGAAAUAAAAAGAUAUUUCGAUUAUAUUUGUAAAGUUAAGUAUUUAAAGGAGGCCUGUAAUAAGGAUCCUUUUGGGUGGUAAAUAACUCAGAAACCCAGCCCUUUUACCAUGUUAUUUCUGGUGAUUUGGGGUCUUUUUAUACUUACACUUAUAGUUUCUGGGAAUGUGAAGCCAUCUUUGCUCAGAAAUCAUUGCUUUCAAUGUAAUUUAUGGAAAACAAGUUAUAUUUGCAAGAUCCCCAACAGGAGCUUCAAGAUCUGCUUUGGAAGAUGAGCCCUGAGAAAUCCCUUCAGCUGUUUCCUUCCCUCUGGCAGUGCUAUGAUACAUGCCCCUCGUUAUGCUGGGGAGACGUUAUUAUUCAUGUAAUUCCAGCUCUCUCGAAAAGGCCACCAAAGAAAAGAAUUCAGUGUUAGCACUACUCAGUAGGCAAUGCUGAGAAUCAUUUAUAAUGGAAAUCAUUUUAGAAUUCAGUAGUUUUUAUUGUUUGCUCUCCUCCAUGAAUUCUAUAUUGUAUAUAUUCUAUAUUUACUUUUUAAUGGUCAGUUUUAAUUAAUCACUGUUGUGAAGGUUGGUUCUUGGCACAGCCCUUCAUCAAGAGUCAACAUGAAUCAUUCAGAGCAGCUACAGAACUGGCCUCUCCUUUAAUUGUGGAUCAUCUUUGAGGUUGAAUACAACUGGGUAUUUAUUUUUAGAAAUCAGAAUGCCUUAUAACGAAGCAUUUGUUUUCACAGAGGAACUUCUGUGCUAAGCAGAAAGUCUGCUGAAAUGCAGCCUCAGUCUGUACACUGCAGAGUCUAAAUGCCGAGGGCAACUGGUGGGCUUUAUUACAUGAGGUCAGGCCUGCUGAGCUGGCAGUAAGGCGCCGAUCACUAUCUCUUGGAAUCUCUUGGUUUGGGAGUGGGAGGGCAGUAGCGUUUAGUAACCUCCUAAGCAGGAAAUAAAGGUAAGGUGGCCUGGUAAGCAGAAUUUCUAAAGUGGCCCCCCAAAAUGUCCCAUCCUGAUGCCCAGAACCUGUGACUAUGAUGAGGUAUUGCUGCCGGGAUCAUUGUAUGAUGGAGUCACAUGAGCUCUUAAAAGUAGAGAGCUUUGGCAGGUGGGAGAGAUUGGAAGUGAGAGUGGGCUUGAAGACAGGAGGCAUGGAUGGGGAGUGCAGGAGUGCCGGGCUGCCAACCAGCAAGGAAAUGGGGACUCAGUCCUAAAGCUGCUAGGAGCUGCCUCCUGCCAACAGCCUGAGUGAACAUGGAAGUGUGUUUUUCCCCAGAGCUGCACAAAGAAGGGAGACCCUGAGCACAGGGUCCCAUCACGCUGUGCGUCAGAUGAUACAUGUGUGUAGUUCUGAGCCACUAAGUUUGUGGUAAUUUGUUACCUGGCAGUAGAAAUCUAAUAUGGGUGGCAAAUGCUGUCUGUGUAGAGGAAAGACCUCUCGGGAGCUGUCAGAGCCCUUCACCUCUGAAAUCCCUGUGCUGACAGUGUAACAUGCUUUCUUGAUUUAGCCAUCUUCUUCUUUUAUUUAUUUCGAUAUUUUGAGCUGGGUUUUUUUUUUUUUUGGUUAGAAAUACAGUAAUGCAAUGAUUUUCAGUUUAUGGUGACCAUGAUGUUUUGUAAGAAACAGUUUUUACAUCAAAACUCAUUACGUUGAUACACACAACUGAAAGAAAAAAUUCCCCCCAAAGACCUAAUCAUCAUGUCAGAUACACUCUGACAUCUUCUAUUUUAUUUCAUGUUUUAAACUGUAGGUCAUGAUCCAUUAAAAUCAGUUUCUUUACCAGUUUUCCCAGAGUUGGAAAAUCAUCACAGUUGGUCAUGCAGUUUUUUUUUUACUUCUUAAACUUCCAGUCACAUGUUAUUUUCAAAAAUGAAUUUGUGUUUAGGAAAUACUUGUUCAUGGUAAAAAGUGGUGUAAGGUUGGGGACGUGUCAUGAAAAGUCGGUGUCCCUCCUGCCCGGGUGCCUGCUCUCCUCCUGUGUUUCAGGAAACCACUAUGGGGAGCCACUGACAGUCUGCAUGCGCCAGUGUGCAUGGUGCGGCUCUCCCCCGCCUGCUCCCUCUGAAUACCCAUUACUGUCCACAAGCUUUCCCUCCUCCUAAUGACUGCCCACGUUCCUUUCUGUCAUACUGUAUUGACUGAAUCAGCUUUAAGCCCGUGGGCAUUGAGGUCAUGCCAGCCCUUUGCUCCCACAGAUGAUUUUGGAUAAACCUCUUCGUGUGUAUGUAUGAGGAUGAAUUCCUAAAAGAAGACUUGCUGGGCCAAAGUGUAUGUUCAUUUGUAAUUCUGAAAGAAAUUGCCGAAUUGCCAUCCUAGGAGGGAGUUUUACCAGGUUGCUUCCCCACUGGCGUAUGUAAGCAUGCCUGUUACCCCACACUUUUGCCAAUAUGGGUAUUUGAUUUUUUUUAAACUGUUUAUCUGUUGUUGACGGUAGUAUUUCUCAUUGUGAGAGAGAAACAUCUCAUGUUUCAAGAGCCAUCCAUCUAUCUGUACCACCUUGUCCAUGUUUGAUUAAGUCAUUGAUUUGAUACACGGUAAUUUGAGGGCAUUUGUAAACAUGAGCCCUCUUUGCAUCUUGCCCUUCUUAUCCAGUCCUUCCUCAAGUUCCUCCUGGCUUAAAAGCAGUCAGACCCAACCAGACCAUUUCUUGUGGCUCUACACCUGCUGAUGAAAAUCAGAUGGGCAAAUUCACUUUUGUCAGGGAGCAAAAUGUUUUAAAAGUAGCUUUGCCGGUGAAUGAAAAGAAGGCCCAGUGGGGUUUUGCAGUAGAGGAAGAGGAAGUGGCCGAGAGGGAGGUUGAGAAGUAAUUCAGUGGAAGGAGCAAGGGAAGGAAAUGAAGCAAACAGCAAGCAGAGGAAGGUUGGGGUUGGGGAAGUUACAGCUGGGGUCCUGCAGGCAGGAAGUGCCCUCCAGUGUGAAAUUGGUAAGUUCCUACCGGGCUCUGAGAACCUGACUUGCUGAGUCUCUUGUGAGGGCCCUUCCAAUGGCAGUAAGUCCUCUUAAAAGAAAGCAGAGAAAGGGGGCGUGCCAACUUCUACAGGGAUAUAUGGAAAGUUUUCUAUUCCUUACAUGUUUUUGGCAGCCUUGAUAAAAUCAAUUUAAAACAAUGAGUCUGCUAGCAAAGCAAGUGAGUACAGUGAAACAAAUUUGUCAUUCCUGAGAAAUAAAAGCAACUGGGAUGUAGGCCUAGAGAGAAUCCAGAGGUUUGUUUGGCAUAAUUGAUUACAGCAUCUUAAGAAGAGGGGAUUUUUACAAAAAUUUUUUUGUGGUGAGAUUGCUUUACAUUCCUUUCAUGACCGGAAUGUCUCUUGUGUGAGAACCAACAAAGAACUUCAGGAACAAAGUGCUUAAGUUUUCUCCACGCAUUUGAAUUUUCUCUUUAUGAACAUUUACACCUUUUAUGAGCAACUGUUGAAUCUGGUGCAGUCUGACCCCUGGGCAGGGGAGAGAGUGUUCUCCGGAGUUGUGUGGGGGCAGAGCCUCCUUUUCCCCUGAGCUGGUGCUGCCCAUCGCCUACCACACGUCACCCUGCCGCUGCUCUCAGGAAGAUCUGGGGAGCUGCCAGGGCUCCGAGCCUGAGAGGGGACUGCCAGCCCCUUGACUUCCCUUGACUUCCCUGGCUGGACCUGGAGCUGUGUCUGAAGGUCUUGGCUUCAUUUUGUCAUCAUUGUCAUUGAUCAGGCCAGUCUUUUAAAUUCUCAUUGGUAGGUUGAUAGAUUUCACUCAGCCUGAUACCAGCAAUAAGUUAAGCUCUUUAAAAUUGCUCACCCUGUGCUUUGGUGAUCAUUCUGCAUGUGGGCUGGUCCUGAACAUCAGUGGUGCACCUGUUCAGCUGGUGCCAGGGAGCCUCUAUGGGGCUGUGGUGGCCCCAUGAAUCUUGCCCGUUUUCUCCCUCUUAUGGAGAAGGAACCAGGAUAAGGUAUUUUUUUGGUUUGUAUUUAUAUAAAACAACAUAAAUAGAUUUUUAAAAUUUCCUUGAAACUUCAUGAUCUCGUAAGAAGGGAGACUUGUUCUCUGCUUUGGGAGGCUUGUCGAGGCUUGGAUGUUACCUGCUGAGAAUGUCUCAUGAUGUUUUUGGUGGGAUUGGAGAUGAUGAAAUGAGGGUGGGAACGUAGACAGAGGAUGCUGGGACUCUUCCUGUUUCCCAGAUAAACAGAGAGCAGGGCCUUGGGGCUUCCCCCGUCACGCGGGCCCGCCGGUCUGCUGCAGGCACAGACACAUGCAUGAGUUCCUGAACACACCUGAGACGGAAACCUCACGGGGAAGGGAUCACAGGCCCUGUCAAGUGUGUGGAGAGUCUGGCUGCCUCCUGAUGCAGGUUUCAUUCUGCUCUGAGGCUCUUCCCUUGUCCUACUGAGCCUUGCCCCCAUCGUGGGCAUAUGAUUCUGUGAUCGUUAGCCGGGACUUCUACCUCCUUUCACGUGAAUUAGUUGAAGUUCAGAACAAGACUGCGAGGCCAUUUUAUCUUGAUUUCAGUGUCCUGUCUGAGACCUGCCUCCUCCCAGGACACUGACUCUGGGAGGGCCUCACUCUCCAGAUAAGACCCCACUUUCCUUUCACAGGGUUUGCCUUCCCUUCAGAAUACAGGAAAAUAAAUAUGCAUGGUUUCAAGAGGCUCCUGUCCUUUGAAGAUAACAGGGAGGGAGAUAAGACACCAUGACCAGCCUGCGGCCUUCAUGACACUUUGCUGGCCUUGCCUACCGAUGCCGAACAGAGCUGGUCACCCUCACAAGUUAAAGAAGGGAGCAAGACGUUCAAGGAGGCUUCCUUCUCAGAGUAGGGCUGGGGGUUCCUCGGUGGCGUCUGCUCCAGUGUCCGCCUUCUCUCGCACUUCUGUCACACCCUCCAAUCAGGACAUCUGCAGUUCCAGUGCAGUGUUUUCUGAGUGUUGUCACCACAGUCCCGUGCAGUCUGCUGUUGUCUUGAAAGCUCCUCCGUGCCAGAGUCCUCUGACCCAAGGGCUCACUGUGACAGUUAUCUGUCAAGACACAGUACAGGCGUCAAAGAGGAAUUCCUAUGGCUCAGAUUGGGUCCAGGCCUCAAAGCCUGCUAAGAAUACCAAAGCCAGAAGAACACUAAAGUUCUCAAAAUCCCUAAAUGAUAUGGGUGAGAAGGCCCAGGACAUUUGGGGAAGUUCUGACUAUGUGGAGAGAACAUGCUCUGAAGGGAAACUGAUGCGCCCCCAGGACCCCUGUGUCAGAAUUAACAGGUUCCACCAUCAAGAAAGAAGAACACUGAAUUGCAAACCUCUGGGCAGUUCCAAAUAUUCUUGCGUCUCAUCCCUUUCGGCCAGUCGUUCUGCGGCCUCGGAGGUGGGAGCUGGCAAGGGGGACAUAAACGUCCCGCUUGCGGAGGAGAAGGCGGAUGGCGAGGCCAUGUCCAGAAGCCGGCGACUGCUCCGGUGCCUGUUCUCGCUGGCGCACGGCUCGAGCGCCGGCAGCCUGCAGCGGUUCCACGAGCUGGAGAGCCGCGCCGCUGCCCGGCACGCCGCCAAGUCCUCCAGCGGGCUGGCGGGGAGCGCCGGCUUCUGCUCCGACGACAUGGGGGAUGACGACGUCUUUGAGGACAGCGCCUCCCCAAAACUGAAGAGCAGGGUCCUGCGGGCGCCCCUCUGCUCAGUGGAGAAGGACAGCGACCUGGAUUGUCCUUCCCCCCUCUCUGAAAAGUGUCCCCCCACUUCUCCCGUGUCCGCGUCAGCGGAUGCCUGCAGGAUCUGUCACUGUGAAGGGGAUGACGAGAGCCCUUUGAUCACGCCAUGCCACUGCACGGGGAGCCUCCACUUUGUGCACCAGGCCUGCCUGCAGCAGUGGAUCAAGAGCUCGGACACGCGCUGCUGUGAGCUGUGCAAGUACGAGUUCAUCAUGGAGACCAAGCUGAAGCCGCUGAGGAAAUGGGAGAAGUUACAGAUGACAGCCAGCGAGCGCAGGAAGAUCAUGUGCUCAGUCACAUUCCAUGUCAUCGCCAUCACCUGUGUGGUCUGGUCCUUGUACGUGCUCAUCGACCGCACCGCCGAGGAGAUCAAGCAGGGGCAGGCAACAGGAAUCCUAGAGUGGCCCUUUUGGACUAAAUUGGUGGUUGUGGCCAUCGGCUUUACUGGUGGACUUCUUUUUAUGUACGUUCAGUGCAAAGUGUACGUACAAUUAUGGAAGAGACUCAAGGCUUAUAACAGAGUAAUCUAUGUUCAGAACUGUCCAGAAACAAGCAAAAAGAAUAUCUUUGAAAAAUCUGCACUAACAGAGCCCAACUUUGAGAAUAAAGAUGGACGUGGAACCUGUCAUUCCGACACAAACUCUUCUUCUUGCACAGAACCUGAAGACACUGGAGCAGAGAUUGUUCACGUCUGAUUGUGUGGAGGGUGUAGUUUUCCUGGACACCCAUGAACAGCUGAAGGAAAUUGUUUACUGCCAAUUGUGUACCUUUUCUUAUGUCCUUUAAUAGCAGAGACUGGGCAGGUCACUAUUUUUAAUGGCUUCUCUUUUUCUAAAUCCUCCUUAGUGACUCUCCUGGAAAGCCCUCACGUGGGCUGUGCACGACGGGCUUCUGCCCCUGCCAGCACGUCUGUGGGAAGGGAAGGCGGGAGACCCGUGACACCGUGGUGGCAGCUGGCCGGGUUCUGGCCUGUAGUCUUGAGUGGGAUGAGAGAGUAAGAUGGCAAAUGUGUGGGAAGAGCAGGCGCAGGCGGAGCCUGGGCCCCGGCGCGCCUCCUGCACCCCGCCCUGAGGAGAGGCUUCCCCUCACUCAGGAGGCCGCUGGCACCAGUUCUCCCGAGCAGCCCUGGGCCGCGGUGCUCUGUGCGAGGUGGCAAGCGAUUCACUAAGCAAACAGCACUUUACAAAAAGAGAAUCUUUAUUUUGUAAUAUGUGUGUCCCGUGGGAUUGACAUUUAAAAGAAUGUCUCGUUUAGAAACAUCCCCUUCACGAACCUGAUUAUCUCUUCAUGUUAUAAUAGAUCUGAAGCCCUUUUUGCCUUAUAUAUUCUAAGAAAUGUGACAUCCACUCUGUGUCCAUAACAGGGACUUGUGACUCCAAAGCAGGACAGCCAGGUCUGAGGGCUUUUUCAUAAUUUCAUGGGAGUUAAUGGAUUGGAUGCUCAGUGUCAAUUUGAGCAUAAUUCCUAUGGUUUCGAGCCUGUCUUAUCCCAAGUCUUCACUUCAUAGGCCUACCCUGAACAUUUCUUUUGUGUCUGUCCUGAAGAAGGGUUCACGAGAUCGAAAGGAAAGGAAAGGAAGUGAGUAAUUAGAACAAAAGUGAAUAUUUAAAAACUAUUCCUUUACAGACAAACCGCUCCAGUUUGCGCUGGCUUCACAUUGAGAGAGUAAGUCCGGGCUGCGCGCGCUGCGGGAACUCCUGGGUGUCUGCCGCUCGUUCAGCCCCCACCCGGCAGACUCUGGCUCACUGCCCAGGGCAGAGAGGCAGACUGGCUGGCUCUGGGGCGAAGGCCAGGAGUGAGCAGCAAACUGCCAUGGUCCACUGUGUCCCUGCCCCCAGCCACACCCCUGCCCAUUUGUCGCCUUAACUGGACUGAACAGAGAGGAUCCUUUAGGGGUCCUUGGCCUUGCUGUCGGUCUGUUCUGUCAUCAGGGAUUAUCUGCUGGACCAUUUUUCAUAAAACCAAAAUCACUACCAUCAAAUGGCCUUUGUCCCUUUAAAAAGUCAACUUAAAAUUCUGUUUUUAAAAACCAACAUGCCAGGCAAAUAAGAGUCAACUGGAGGAAAAUAAGCCAGCGGGUUUACAGUGUAACGUGACUAUGCCUGGGUACUUCCUCUCCCGGCAGCUCUGCAGAUGCCUGGGGUGAGAUGCCUGGGGUGAGACGCCUGAGGGCCCUGCCCUCCGUCCUCUGAGCUUUAGGUGUUUCAUCCAUCCUGUUAGGACAUGAAGCAGACACAAGAUGAUUCCUUUGCCUUUCAGAGUGGAGGCCCCAUCAUUUGUUGUGAAAGCUGGGAGGAGGCUAAAGACUCUCUAGGCGCUGAGGCAUGGCUCUCGUAGCAGGCUUUGUCCUCCCGUGGUUGACUCUGGCUGGGCAGGUCCAACCACAGUCGACCCUUGGAAGUAGGUCAGCCUGCCCUCUGUCUCCCAGGCCACGUCCAGUUCGUGCCUGUGCUCUCUGUGCCCCGAAGUGCAAUUACCUACACCCCUUCUCAGCCUGGGGACACCGAGCAGCUACAGACUGCCCACUCAGGAGAGCUGAAUCCCUGGUCAGCCCUGCCUGUGCCCCUUGUCCCUGCCACCCUCUAACGGUGGGGGAGUGGUCAAGGGGAGACCUCUUCCCCCUGGUGGAACCCCUUAUGCUGAACUUGAAAAGCACUGAGACUUCUGUAAAGAGGAAAGUGUGCUCAGGCGGGGAUAGCCCCUGGCAGCCCUCCCCCUCGUUGUGGCUGGCGCCCCCUGAAGCAGAGGUGCCUUUAUCACCGUGACUGUCGCAUUGCUUCUACGCCCAACCGCAUUCUCCCGUGAAGCCCUCUCACUUCUUUUCAGGAAGCACCUAACACCAUCUCUUCACCUCCAGCCGAGCUCCUAAAAGCCUCUGCCUGUGGACAGUCUGUCCCAUCUCCUCCUUUUCUCUCCUGGGAUGGCACACAGCUACCCCCUUGCCUCUUUUUUCUCACAGUUUCUGAUGAGCACCUCUGACCCCGUGGUUCCAGUGCUAACCUCUGCCCCUACAGGGACCAAGUGUCAAGCCCGGGCUGGGUUGUGCUGUGCUGCCACCUAGUGGGAGCUGCCAGGCAUUCCUUCAGUCUAGGUCAGCUUGCCCUCUAGGUUCUUUUUGGGGGGUUAGUCAUUCCGCAUUUUCUCAUUUUGCUCCUGGCUUUAGUGCGAAGAUGGCAUUUUGCUGAACCGUAUAGAAAUGAGAUGAGCUUGCAGGCCUCUGAGCCAGGAGGGCUGGUAUUUGUAGACCAGGCAAGGGGGAGAGGGAAGCAGCCUCUGCUGUCACCAGCCAUCGCUGAUUUGGUCUCUGCUCUCCCCGAAAUAGCAGUUCCACUCAAGAUCUUUUGUGCCUGAGUUUAUUUUUAAGAUUUUCCUGAAAACUGUAAAAUGUCUCUUCCUACUCCAGGCCCCCUAAUGUCUCUUCUUUUUUGGCCUCAGUCACUCUUUUCCAUCUCACGGGUCCAGUUCCCAAACCUACAGAUGUGCCCUGCCUGGCCACAGACAUACGGGCCCCAGGCACUGGGCCGGUUUUGGAGCCUGAGGUCAUGCCUGCAUGGGCUGGAGCUGCUUCAGCUGCCUGGCGGUCGCUGCAGAGCCGGAGGAGGACUGGGCAUGGCAAGGUAAAGAUCCACGAUGCUGUGGGUUUGGCUUAAUGCAGAUACACUUUGAAGAUACUUUCCCUUUUGGAUCUGAUGUGAAAUAUGCAGCUUCCAUCUCUAGCCCAAGCAAAGACCGAAAGGUAGGGACAUAAAAGUGUUUGUCUUUGUUCUGGAAGUAAUUAAAUUGUGUGACUCAUCACCUAUUUAGAUGCAAUGUUUAUAGAACAUUGAUUGUUAAUAAAGACCAAAUUUACACUGGCAUGUGUGGUGUAGUUUCUAAAAGGCACUUCACACUUGAAGUUUUUCUUAACUUAGAAAAUUUCUGGUUACCUGAAUGUCUAGUUUUGUAUCCUUUCGUGUAUGUUCACUGUUUCUCAGUAUUACUGCUUGAAUAAUUCUGUUUUGGGGGUGGUUUGUGCUGUCUGUACACGGGAGUGUCUAACUGCAGCAAUAAAGCAUUUCUUUAAAAAGGA